CGGCCAGCUGGGGUUUAUUCUGGCUGUCCAGCAAACCAACUUGUUGGUUCAUCAGGGUUAAUCCCUCGUGCGUUUUUGUUUUAACGUCGCAGUGUCACUUCCUCAGCGCUCACUCCCUCUUCCCAGCUAUGCCUACAAACACCGUAGCGUAAUUGUUGCCCGCGACGUUUCAAGUCUGACUUGACACCAGCGAUAUCCGUACAACACCGGAUGUUCUGAUACCUUCGUUCCGAGGCGGAAAAAAUUCGCCAGCUGAUAUGACGAGAUAGGCCUGGCGAAUGAGCAUUUUGGCGAGAGACUGAAUCGCAUUGGCAAGACAGCCCUUACCUCACUGCCAUGAUGCGGAUAGACGCAACCACCUUCGAAUGCUUGCGACGCUCGCCCCAGCGCAACGCGUCGAUUCGGACGGAUCGAACAGAAUCGGAUCCUUGGAGGCACACACACAACGGAGAGAAGUGUAUACGUACGCAGACAUAGAGCGAAAAGCUCAGCACGCUGGCAUUCAUCAGAGCGCUUUUUACGCGCAUGAACGACUUUGCUAGUGCACAUUCGGAGCUACUGCGUUUUCGACGUUUUUCUGUGCUUGAUUGCUGCCACCUUUAACGGAGGUCAACACAGUGGCAUCAGCUCUAAAAGCGGAAACAGUGACAGUAAUAUUAUAUAUUCAAACUAAGUGAGCCGGUACUAAAGUUAGUUGAAUGAGCAGAGAACAAACCAUUGAAAAACUGCAACAUCAGCUGGCAAGUUUGAGUACUUAGUUCGAUUCGAUACAGACUGAAGAGCGGUAGAUAUGAAACGACUGUUUGUAAUUUGUCCAUUCUUUUACCGGCCGGAAGAGGAAUAAUUGCCUUGGAAACCUCGAUCCCACGCUAAAGUUCACCGAGAUCUAUCGCUACUGCUACAGUGUCAAACCAUAAAUCGAAAUUUUGUCUCUACAUCGGCUUAUGUAUUCUCAGCAUAAAACUGUAACUGUACCCAAUAUCGGCGUUCUAAUUGGAUUUUCGAAGAUUUGGCAAAGUGAGUCCUUUGUGGGCAUCGUUGUGUAAGGUGGUGACGAGAACAAUUGGGUCAGAAACUACCAAUCGGCGCAACAGGGCCGUAGAUGAAGACGGCACUUGCAUUAACAGAGGUACCUGCAUUGGCUAUUCUGGCUCUUCUGCAGGAAGCUCAGACCUUGAUGGGCGCGACCCUAUGACUGGUCAUCCUGAGGAGACAUCUGACGAACUUCUCGCUGAACAAACUGAUUCCGCUGUCGAAACGAGUGGCGUCAACGUUGGUCAACCAACGAGCGUAACAACACUGAUCAGCUCUAUCAGAGAGGACGUCAGAUUGAGCGGCGGCACCUUGGGCGCUAACGCCGACAGGAUGAUGUCGUCCGGAAGAGAGGAGAAUGAUCCCGUCGAAGUAGGAAGUCCUGUUAAGGUUGUAAUCGACUCUUACGAUGAGAUGAGCGAAAAAAUUCAUCGGUUAAAUGUUAGUAGUGAGAGCUUCGAAAACGGGGAUAGUGAACGCACCGCAACCUUCACCUUGGACAUCAGCGACGACGAGAACGGUUCGGCGGAGAACUCUCUCACGGCGACGAAUUCAGUUGAUCAGAACUCAACCCUGUCCGUAGACUCGAUGAAAAUGAAAUUUGGUGGAAGCAACUCUAAAAGACAUUUCAGGCAGUCAAUGUCUGGAGUGCACCUGAGCGCCCAGGACGCGGAAUCCAAAGGAAAUGUCCUUAGCGGCAGCGGUCCCGCAGGAGGCAAGGAUUUCAUUCUAGCAUCGCCGGAGCAGUUCGUCACCCGCUUUGGCGGUAACCAUGUGAUAAAUAAUGUACUCAUUGCAAACAAUGGUAUCGCGGCCGUGAAAUGUAUGCGUUCAAUUCGACGAUGGUCUUACGAAAUGUUUACCAACGACCGGGCAAUCCGCUUCGUUGUAAUGGUUACACCGGAGGACCUCGCCGCAAAUUCUGAGUACAUAAAGCUGGCCGACCACUGUGUCCCCGUGCCGGGCGGCUCGAAUAAUAACAACUACGCCAACGUUGAUCUUAUCCUGGACAUCGCCAAGAGUGUCGGCGCUCAGGCAGUGUGGGCCGGAUGGGGUCACGCAUCCGAAAAUCCUCGUCUACCCGAACUGUUGGCGAAAAACGGCAUUGUGUUCAUGGGACCACCGGAAAAAGCUAUGUGGGCACUGGGUGACAAGAUUGCCUCGAGUAUCGUUGCUCAGACAGCAGAUAUUCCCACACUUCCAUGGAGCGGAUCUGAGCUCAAGGCCGAUUGGAAUAAGGAUGAAGGACAUUCAGCGAAGAAACUGCGCAUAAAGCCUGAGCUCUACAAAAAAGGCUGCAUUGGCAACGUGGACGCUGGUCUCGAAGCUGCUCAAAAAAUCGGAUUCCCUAUAAUGAUCAAAGCUUCAGAGGGUGGUGGAGGAAAAGGCAUCCGUAAAUGUGAAUGCGUGGACGACUUUCCAUCCUGCUUUAGACAGGUGCAAAGUGAAGUUCCGGGAUCACCAAUCUUCAUCAUGAAGCUAGCCACCAACGCGAGACACCUUGAGGUACAGCUGCUGGCCGAUAACUAUGGCAAUGCGAUCUCGCUCUUUGGUCGAGAUUGCUCUAUUCAGCGGCGUCACCAGAAGAUCAUUGAAGAGGCGCCUUGUGUUAUUGCGCAGGAUAAAGUGUUUGACCAAAUGGAGAAGGCUGCCGUCCGAUUAGCGAAGAUGGUCGGCUACGUUUCAGCCGGUACUGUUGAAUACUUGUACAAUGAAGAUGGCAAAUUCUAUUUCCUUGAGUUAAAUCCGCGAUUGCAAGUCGAGCAUCCAUGUACAGAAAUGAUCAGUGAUGUGAAUCUGCCAGCGUGUCAGCUACAAAUUGCAAUGGGCAUUCCGUUAUAUCGUUGUAAAGAUAUCCGCUUGCUGUACGGAGAAAAUCCAUAUGGGUCAUCCGUUAUCGACUUUGAUGCGCCCCAGCACAAGCCGCUUCCUUGGGGCCACGUGAUUGCAGCCCGAAUCACUUCCGAAAAUCCAGACGAAGGAUUCAAACCUUCGGCCGGGGGUUUGCAGGAACUCAACUUCCGAAGUAAUAAAAAUGUCUGGGGAUAUUUCUCGGUAGGCGCCUCGGGCGGACUGCACGAAUUCGCUGACUCUCAGUUCGGUCACUGCUUCUCUUGGGGAGAAGAUCGGGAAGAGGCUAGAGAAAACCUGGUGGUAGCCCUUAAGGAGUUAUCGAUUCGGGGCGAUUUUCGCACAACUGUUGAGUACCUCAUCACAUUGUUGGAGACGCAGGCAUUCCGCGAAAACUCCUUCGACACCGGAUGGCUUGAUCAGAUGAUAGCUGAGAGGGUAAAAGCAGAAAAGCCUGAUAUGAUGCUGUCGGUAACCUGUGGAGCCCUGCACGUUGCCUACAAAACCAUCCGCGAGAAUCUUGUUGGCUUCCAAACAGCCCUUGAGAAAGGGCAAAUUUUGCCUAUGUCAACACUCAAUAAUACCUAUCCUGUUGAUCUAGUUUGCGAUCGAGUGAAAUACUCAGUCGACGUAUCGCAGAGUGGGCCUAACACCUAUUUUCUCAUAAUGAAUGGCACUUAUCGAGAGCUGGAGGCCCACCAGUUGUCUGAUGACAGACUGUUGAUCAGUAUUGACGGUUCGUCGUACGCGACUUAUAUGAAAGAGGAGGUUGACCGUUACCGAGUUGUGAUCGGUAACCAGACCUGUGUAUUCGAAAAGGAAAAAGACCCUUCCGUUUUGAGGUCGCCUUCUACAGGUAAGCUCUUGCAGUUCCUGGUCGAAGAUGGUAGCCAUGUUCUUGCCGGCCAGCCCUACGCCGAGAUUGAAGUAAUGAAAAUGGUCAUGACGCUGACUGUCGAAGAAACCGGCGUAGUGUACCUCAUCAAGCGACCCGGCGCAGUGCUGGAGGCUGGGGCGGAGCUCGCUCGCCUUGAGCUCGACGACCCAACUCGUGUAAAUAAGGCUCUUCCUUACCAGCAAGGGUUCCCCGAUCCGAAGGAAGAUCUUGGCCAGAAAUUUGACAAGCUCAAUCAGCAGUUUACGAGUGCCAAAUACGAGCUGGAGAACAUCCUCGACGGCUACGUCAUUCCCGAGCCGUAUUUUUCGCAGCGCGUGCAAAGCUCACUUGAGGUGUUCAUGAGAACUUUACGCGAUCCCCAGUUGCCCCUGAUGGAAUUGAAAGAUAUAAUUUCGAGCAUAUCGGGCCGUAUUCCCCCACAGGUCGAGAAUAAUAUUCGUCAGCUAAUGAAAAUGUAUGACAAAAACAUCACCUCCAUGCUGGCACAGUUCCCGUCACAGCAGAUUGCUUCGGUUAUUGAUGGCUAUGCAGCCACCCUGCAGAAGCGAAGUGACCGGGACGUAUUCUUCCUUACCACGCAAGGAAUCGUGCAACUUGUGCAAAGGUACCGCAACGGUAUUCGAGGCCGUAUGAAGCUGGUGCUCCAGGAGCUACUAGUAAAGUACCUCAGCGUUGAAGCAGACUUCCAGAAUGGCCAGUAUGAUAAAUGUGUCGCCAUGCUACGAGAGAAGCAUAAGGGUUCGACAAAAACUAUUGUAGACAAGAUUUUCUCGCACUAUAACGUUCUUAAAAAGAACCAUCUAAUGAUCAAGCUUAUCGACCAUCUCUGCCUACACGAGCCUGGACUCACCGACGAACUGAGCACGACGCUAAACGAGCUUACGGGUCUGAGUAAACAGGACAACGCACGAGUAGCCUUACGAGCACGUCAGGUGCUUAUCGCUACACACCAGCCCAGCUACGAUCUGCGCCAUAAUCAAAUGGAGACGAUCUUCCUUUCUGCGAUCGAUAUGUACGGACAUGAUUUUUGUCCGGAAAACCUGCAGAAACUAAUAAUGUCCGAGACAUCGAUUUUCGACGUGCUGCAAGACUUCUUCUACCACUCGAACCAUGUGGUGCGUAAAGCCGCCCUGGAGGUGUAUAUUCGGCGCGCGUACAUCUCGUACGACCUCACAUGUUUGCAGCACCUCGAGUUAGCGAGUGGUGUGUGCGCCGCACAAUUUCAGUUCUUGCUGCCUAGCUCUCACCCGAAUCGGCGAGCAAGCCUACCUCAAAUAACGAAACGCUUAUCCAGCCUCGCAGAGCAGGAAGAUAAGACGGUAUGGGAGGACGGGCCCAUGCCUGAUUUCGAUUCGCAGAGAGUUGGAGUUAUGGCAGCAUUCAACAGCUUUGAUCAAUUCGUUAGCGAUUUCUACAACACACUCGACCUGCUUUACUUUACGCCAGUAGCAGAAUUCUCAGGUCGCGAUAGAAGUUCGGGUUCAGUGUCCGAGGCUAAUGUCGAAAAUUCCAACGAACCUUCGGAACCAAUGAAUAUAGUGACAGUGGCCGUCAAACACGAAGGUGAACCAGAGGCCGAACUCAAGGAAAAGUUUUACGGGUUUUGUCAGGCACGAAAAAAUGACCUCAGGGAGCGCAGGAUCCGAAGGAUCACGUUCUUUGUCCUGCAAAACGGAAAAUUCCCACAGUAUUUUACUUUCAGACAUCGAGAUAACUUCCGUGAGGAUGCCAUUUAUCGGCAUCUGGAACCGGCGUUAGCGUUCCAGUUGGAAAUAAACCGUUUACGAAACUACGAUUUGGAAGCUAUUCCCACUGCAGCUCUAAAGAUGCAUUUAUAUUUGGGCAAGGCCAAGGUACCCAAAGGACAGGCUGUUACCGAUUAUCGGUUCUUCAUUAGGGCAAUUAUCCGGCACUCGGACCUGAUUACAAAAGAGGCCUCCUACGAGUAUAUGCAGAAUGAAGGUGAACGGCUUUUACUUGAGGCAAUGGAUGAAUUAGAAGUGGCCUUCACCCAUCCGUUCGCCAAAAAAACGGACUGCAACCACAUUUUCCUCAACUUCUUACCCAAAGUUACCAUGGACCCACUAAAGAUUGCCGAGAAUGUCCGUCUAAUGGUGCUGCGUUAUGGGCCUCGCCUGUGGAAGCUGCGCGUUCUUCAUGCUGAAGUAAAGAUGAGCAUUCGACUUCCAGGCUCAGGAGGCAAAUGCGUGCCCGUGCGCCUAUUUCUUGCCAACGACAGUGGAUAUUUCCUUGAUAUCUACGUGUACAAGGAGGUCAUAGAUCCGCAUAUGGGCAUUAUGCGAUUCGAGUCCUGGCCAGGUACUAAACAAGGUACCUUCCACGGCCUACCAAUAUCUGCCCCGUAUGUAACGAAAGAUUACCUGCAACACAAGCGUUUCCAGGCUCAGUCCAACGGCACAACAUACGUAUAUGACUUCCCCGACAUGUUCAAACAGGCGCUGCAUCGUCUAUGGGAGGAACAUUGUGCUAUGCACCCAGAGAUGGAGGUGCCUAGCAACCCCAUAGAAACCGUUGAGCUGGUCCUUGAUUCGGAAAACAAGCUUGUCGAGAUGAAGCGUCUUGCAGGAGAAAAUGACAUUGGUAUGGUGGCUUGGAAAAUGCGUCUGUUCACCCCCGAGUAUCCUGAUGGGCGGGACGUAAUUAUCAUUUCUAAUGACAUAACAUUUCUUAUGGGAACUUUUGGCCCGCAGGAAGAUAUUCUGUUUUGCAAGGCAUCUGAACGGGCUCGCCAGUUAGGAAUUCCACGCCUGUAUAUUUCAGCUAACUCCGGAGCCAAAAUUGGUCUUGCGGAAGAAAUUAAGCAUCUAUUCAAUGUGGCCUGGUACGAUCCCGCUAUCCCUGACAAAGGCUAUAAGUACCUAUACCUUACGCCAGAGAACUAUAGAAAGGUUGCAGCAUUGAACUCUGUAAACGCCGAACUAAUCGAGGAUGAUAGUGAAUCUCGUUACAAGAUUACGAAUAUCAUCGGCAAGGAGAACGGACUUGGUGUUGAAAAUCUGGCUCAUGCCGGUAUGAUCGCUGGAGAGACAUCGCGAGCUUAUGAAGACAUUGUCACUAUUUCAUUGGUAACUUGCCGAGGUAUCGGAAUCGGUGCAUACCUUGUGCGUCUAGGACAGCGGGUAAUUCAACUCGAAUCGUCGCACAUUAUCCUUACGGGAGCUGGUGCACUGAAUAAGCUACUAGGCCGUGAAGUUUACACAUCGAACAAUCAAUUGGGUGGCAUUCAGAUUAUGCACGAGAAUGGAGUUUCGCAUGUUACGGUACACGACGAUCUUGAGGGUUGUUACACAAUGUUGAAGUGGCUAUCGUAUAUGCCUCGAAUUAAGGGAGGUGACCUGCCAAUCCUCGAGAGUAUGGACCCAUUCGAGCGAGAUGUUGUGUUUACGCCGACGAAGGCCCCGUAUGACCCGCGAUGGCUACUCGCUGGACGCGAGAGUCCCAACUUACCUGGCUUCUGGGAGGACGGAUUCUUUGACAGAGGUAGUUUCUCUGAAAUUAUGGCUAACUGGGCCAAAACGGUGGUGGCUGGUCGAGCGAGACUCGGCGGUAUUCCAGUAGGGGUAGUAGCCGUCGAAACACGCACAGUGGAGCUUGCCUACCCAGCUGAUCCAGCCAAUCUCGAUUCUGAGGCUAAAAUCAUAUCACAGGCCGGUCAAGUCUGGUUCCCCGAUUCAGCGUACAAGACCGCCCAGGCCAUUAACGACUUCAAUCGCGAGGGCCUCCCGUUAUUUGUAUUUGCUAAUUGGCGUGGCUUCUCCGGUGGUAUGAAGGACAUGUACGAUCAGGUCCUAAAAUUCGGCGCCUAUAUUGUCGACGCACUGCGCUGCUAUAAACAACCUGUGAUUGUGUACAUACCGCCGUACGGUGAGCUCCGUGGUGGAGCCUGGGCCGUUGUGGACGCCUCUAUCAACCCUGCCCAAAUGGAGAUGUAUGCAGACCCUGACUCGCGCGGUGGCGUACUGGAGCCUGAGGGUACCGUCGAAAUCCGUUUCCGUAGAAAGGAUCUCAUCAAAUCCAUGCACCGUCUAGACACACGCUGCACUGAGUUACAGCAGAAGAUUGCUGCAGCUAUUAAGGGCAGUUCGGAAGAGGCUGCCUUAGUGAAGGAGCUCCAAGAGCGGGAGAAUCAGUUGUGCCCAAUGUAUCACCAGGUGGCGCUUACGUUCGCGGACCUACACGAUACCCCCGUUCGUAUGAUGGAAAAGAACGUUAUUCGUGAUAUCGUCCCGUGGUCGAAAUCACGUAAUGUGUUUUAUUGGAGACUGCGACGUUUGCUCUUGCAGGACAAAAUGAAGAAAGAAAUUAUGGCGGUGAGGGCUCAGCUGAAGGAAACCGAGCUGGAAUCGACCUUCCGCCGCUGGUUCUUCGAGUCGCAGGGCGCAAUCAACAACUACCUCUGGGACAAUGAUCAGGUUGUGACUAAAUGGCUUGUUGAACAGCUCAGUCCUGAACGAGGCAACUCGCUCGUGUUGGAAAACAUCCGUAGUAUGAAGCGAGACGCUGUCAUGUUAGAGAUGAAAAGUCUUGUGAAGAAGAACCAGGAUGUGCUCAUGGAUGCCGCGGUGUUCGUACUCAUGGACGGCGCCGUAGUCGUGCUUAACCAAAUGAGCGUUCAACAGCGAGCCGAUCUAAUGCUUGCGAUGAAGACCCUUGAAGCCAAAGACGACAAUAAGAUACCCGGCAGUUCGAGCGGAGAAGAUACGCCGACUGAGACCUAAUGUAAUAAUAUUAGUUAGCAAGAUCAAAGCCUUUUUAGUUUUACUCGACAGUUAAAAGAAUGUAGGGUACAUCUCAAUACGAAGGGCGAAUCUUCGUGUAUGGGCGGUGCGCGGGGUGAAACGGGGAUAAGAACUGUAUCGUUGAGUAAGUAGUACAUAACAAAAGAGUGUAUAGGUCAACAGACCCGUGUUAGCACGAGAUGAACAGGAAAUAAGCAGUUAGUAUGGGGUCACGUGUGCCAUUUUUCUGAGAACCGUUCGUGUGAUACGGCCACUGUCCCAUCUCGCACUGUUAAAUCUUUUAAAGCUUGCAUCGGAGAUAGUCAGCAUAAGGCAGCUGUAAGGUGGGAUAUAUACACAUAUCUAGAUGACUUUAUAUUUUCUGGAAUACGAUAAAUAAUCUAUUUAGGCUUUCAACAAUCAACAAAUGAAACAGAGUACUGUUACCAAAUGGGCAAUCUUAUUUAUGUGCCUCUAUAAAUAACAGUUUGGCAAAUAAUAUAUAUAUAUAUGAUGGGCUCAUUUUCGGAACAACUGAGCUUUUGUAGAACGAGAUGAAUCGGGAUAAAAGCGUAGGAAAGAAACAAGAUGCACACACGCAUUCCUCCGACCGAAAAAAGAAUGUACAUUUUUGUUAGUAUCACCCUCUAUAUUAAUUCACGUUUGUCACUGAUUGCAGGUAAAUGCCAGCUUUUCUAUGAAAAAAAAAUGACGCGUGGCAAUUUCUUCUAGUAUUAUUCUAAAUAGAACUAUAUAUUAUCAGUAACUAACAGAUGAACAGAUGCUGUAGAUAGUGAGGUCUAGGGGUUUUUAAAAUUGACGGUAAUGUUUUAAUAAACGUUAUUUUUACAUAGA